UGUAAUCAGCUGGGUGGGAUGGAACUUUAAUCAGUUUGUAAUGUGAUUGUUGCUGUCUAUUCUAUUGCGUGAAUCGCAAAUAUUAGUGCACCUUUUACCGGGCGCAGAGCUGUGAUUUCGUAUACCAAUUCAUGAAUUAUUUUUUAUAACCAGUGCAAUCUGUCCUGCUGCUGCUGAUGCUGAUGCUUGCGUUAUCAGUUGGCAGUUGAAAAAAAUGCGAGGGAAUGCCUGAGAUGCAGACAAAGCGAACGCAGUCCAAAGGGAGAUUUAGGAACAAAAGAGCAAAUGAGCAACGCAUGGACUGGGCAUGAGGAGCAGUGUGCUCUGCUGGCGGACUCGUCCGUCAGCUCUGGGUCGACGGCAUCUGUGUCCGAUGAGGAGACAGCUGCUAAGCAGCCCAAGGCCAAGCUGCGGGUAACCAUGAAGAUGCAGCGGCGACCGCGCUUGCCUCUUCCAAGAAGCUUGCGUCGGCUCGGAUGCUACACCCUGGUGGCAUCAAUUAUUUUCCUGCUACUCCUUGUCUACCUGCCCUUCAUGUACAUGGAUGUGCACAAGCGACAAGUGGGUUUACCGGACUGGCCAAUGGAGACCUCCCGCAGCAUAGGAGACUACAUAGACCCAGUGCAGGACACAGCGCAAAUUUUACCGCGGGAGUUUUGUCGCAACAAGACCUUCCUGAUAAUCGCCGUUUGCACGAGCCUGGGCAACUUUGUUCAACGGCAGACAAUACGCGAGACCUGGGGAAACACCACGGAGUUUAACUACGGAGCAUUUGUGAAGUUGCAUGGCCAUCUCAAGGGUAACUAUUUACCAGCGACGACAGCGCGCCUUAAGCUCUAUGCUGAUUAUCUAAGCGGCGAGGGUGAUUCACUGUCUGCCUCCGUCCGCAUUGUGUUCAUUGUGGGCCGCAGCAAGUACGAAUCCCUUGAGGGCAACGAAACGCUAUCUCGAGUUCACAGCGAGGCGGAACAAUACAAUGAUAUUAUUCAGGAGAGCUUUGUCGAUAGUUACAACAAUCUAACACUCAAGUCGGUGAUGGCCUUGAAGCACAUAAGCCGGAGCUGUGCCAACAGUACCGCGUACUUCCUCAAGUGCGACGACGACACCUUUGUAAAUGUCCCCAAUCUGCUGCACUUUCUGCUCGGCGGCUCCGUUCCGCUGUACAACGAUACUCUGGACUAUCACGAUCGUUACACGUUCCUGGCGAAGUCGCCGCAGAAUCGAUUGAACGACACCAGCGAGGUGAUGUACGGACACCAGUUCUGCAACGUGCUGCCCGUCAACGAUGUUAGCAGCAAGUGGUACAUGCCCUCCUAUAUGUAUCCGCCAGAGUCCUAUCCAAAGUAUUUGUCUGGAGCCGGCUACCUUCUCUCUAUUGACGUGGUGCAGCGCCUGUACGAGGCAUCCCUAAACACGACGCUUGUCUACUUAGAGGACGUUUACAUAACCGGACUUUGCGCCCAGCGUGCCCAUAUCAGGCGACAUCAUCACCCGCUCUUCAGCUUCGCCCACUCGAAGCAUAUGUGCGCCUUCAAGGGCAGUAUUACCCAGCAUCAGGUGAAGGAUGACACCAUGGUGGAGGCCUGGAACUAUGUGUCAGAUUACAAGAUUAAGUGCCCGCCGCCAGGUCGUUACUUCAACCACAUGCGAUUGCACAAGCGCACAAACUGUUAGUAUGUAAUAGGAGCGCCCAAGACAGGCUUGAAUGACAUUAGAUGUUCUUCUUGCCCAUACUUUGAAAAGACCCAAAAAUACUUAACUAUUUUUAUUUAUACACGCCGCACAGUUUGUUAUUACGACUCACAGGACCCCACUUUAUGUUCCUCAAAUUGUAAUUUAUAGAAUACUCUAACACAUCUAGUAUGUCCGCACAUAAGAAAAGUGAUAUAUUAACCCCAUCCAACCACUCAUAGAUAUAAUGAUUGUAUGUAUUUUUUGUUUACCCGAUUACAUUGAAGAUUGCAACGAAUAUUGAGCUCGUGAGCUAUUCCCUCUGCUGUCGCAUCCAAUGGCAACGGAAGCUGUCGUUGUGUUGUGUACCCAUCGAAUGUUAUUUGAGUGUGCAGCAGCUCCAUCAAUCCAUAUCAACGUUAAAAGUAUUGCACAUAAGAUAUAUCACAUAAAUAAAUGUAAUGUCCUCGUAAAUGUAGUCCUCCGUUCUAAGCUUCCAUUUUGUUGCUCCUUGAGCCUUGACAACCACAAAACAAAUAAAUUAAUUAAAGACUACGUACACUAGGCGUUUAAGUAUUUAUUUUUAUUCAUAUAAUAGCUUAGAAUUUACAAAUAUAUAUAUAAAUAUAAAUGUAUGCUUAAUAUCAAUUAAUACCCUAAGUACUAAAUAUUUUCUACUGGCUUGCUCUCUGGUUCAGUUUAUGAUUUCUGAGUAUUACUGAUAUACUCAUAAAAAUGUCAUAAAUGGAGCAUCCCCAGAUACUUACUAAUGGUUCGAUUGCUUCGAUGACAGGCAGGCCUCUUGUUAGUGUUUCGGGAAUAUAACAAUAAAAUGAUUGAUUAAAUGCAAUACCUAACACUAUAACAUAUCUAUACAGCAUGGGAAAGAUAUAAGCAAACAUGAUACCGAUUAUGGUUUGAAAAGAUCAGAUUUAUAUAUGCAUCUACUAUACAUAAAAAUAUGUAUGUAGAAUAGCAGUAUAAUUAGAAGCCAUAACAAUUUAUUAAAGACAUUUUCUGGGCGUCAAACUACUUUGAAUUAAUUGGAGUAGUUCCCCAAGAAUAUAACAUGAUAAAUAUAAAAUUAAUUGAGUAUGUACAAUUGUGUAUCAUAAGUCAAAUAAACAAUUUAGAAAAGUACUUGCUUGCACGCACAUAAAUUGAUUGCCAAAUAUGCUUUGUAAAACAAGUUAAAUUCAAUUAAGAGCAAAAUUAAAGUUACUUAACA